AGACUAUAAGAUUCAGAUAUGUCCUUCAUAUUUAGCUGGAUUUAUAGUGGUUUCAGUAGCGUGUUACAGUUUUUAGGACUGUACAAGAAAUCGGGCAAACUAGUGUUUCUUGGACUGGACAAUGCUGGAAAGACUACACUGCUGCACAUGCUCAAGGAUGACAGACUGGGACAACAUGUCCCCACAUUACACCCCACUUCAGAAGAGCUGACAAUUGCUGGCAUGACUUUCACAACCUUUGAUCUGGGUGGACAUGCUCAAGCUCGCAGAGUGUGGAAGAACUAUCUGCCUGCCAUCAAUGGCAUUGUGUUCUUGGUGGACUGUGCAGACCAUGAAAGGUUGCUUGAAUCAAAAGAAGAACUUGAUUCACUAAUGACAGAUGAAACCAUUGCUAAUGUGCCUAUCCUAAUUCUUGGUAACAAAAUUGACAGACCUGAAGCCAUCAGUGAAGAGAGGUUACGAGAGAUGUUUGGUCUCUAUGGCCAGACAACAGGAAAGGGCAGUAUACCUCUGAAGGACCUGAAUGCCAGGCCCCUAGAAGUGUUCAUGUGCAGCGUGCUCAAGAGGCAGGGCUAUGGGGAGGGCUUCCGUUGGAUGGCUCAGUACAUCGAGUAGCGCCGGAGCCGCCUCCUCCUGCCCGGCUCUGGAUAUUGAGUCUGCUCCUUAUUUGAUCACUCAGUGUACGUAACUUGGAUCCCUUUGACUGUUUAGUUCUAAAAGCAUACCUUUUUAGCUAAUUAUAUCACGUAUGCUAAAUUGUAAGUGUGAGGAUUGAAGAAUUAUUUCGAGCAAGUUUGUUAAGUUGAAGUAUCGCAGCCCGUGAGCUUUUCCGAUCCCGUGCAACGUUCUCUUCCAGCUUUUGAUUUAACAACAUCUCCAGCACCACCUCUGGUCAGAGCAACUUUCCAGUACAGUAUGUUUGAAUGCACUUUUUAACAGCUAAAAAAGGAAAAAGAAAAAAAAACAACUACAAACAUGUGAAAAAUAUUUAAUGCUUAUGUUAAAUUUUUUUAUGUACUUUUUUGAAACUGGUUUUAUAACUUUAGAGUAUAUAACCAUCUUUCAAGGAAUAAUAAAUAAUUAGCUGAUGGAUAAUUGCAUGAUGCCUUACAGUUUUCAAUAAUAUACUUUCUUAUGCAACGUCAUGCAAUAAAUCUAAAUCCAGUUUUUGGCAACUUUAA